AUGAAGGUUGCCACUGCUCUCUCACAGAUUCUUUGCUUGGGAACAGUGUGGGCCCUGAAAGGCAAAUUCAGCUUCUACAAUGCGGGGUUGGACAUUGGAACCAUCCAGGGCAAGUCCAGGUCGUAUGUCUACAUUGGCGCCAAUUCUUUGAUCGAUGAUGAAGAUGGGACGCCUGUGGUGGGGCAGAACGUUUCGUUCACAGGCACGCGGGUGCUCAACACCUGGAUUGCCACGGACGUGGACCUUCUCGGCUGA